AUGACCGGUCGAAAAAAGCGCACUAGCACCAGCACUUCAAAGCGCAAAUCCGUUCAAAGCGGAUCGUCAAAAUCGAAAGCCUCGGUGGACAGUGAGUACCCGAGUUACUCCAAAUUUCAAGUAUCGUAUCCCGUUGUCUGCCGCCAGCGCUACCACAAGGACAAGCUCCGGUACGAUAAACAGUUCGAGUACGAGCUUAAAAUGUUGGAAUUGAUGCAGAACUCGGCCUACGAUUCUAUGCGCUUUCACAGACAUAUGGCCAUCACCACCCUGUGGCCUCCGUUGCACACCAGAAAGGAGAUCGAAUACGUGCUGGACAAAUUUUUCCGCUUGCCAGACCGGCAGACGCGACGUUUGCACGAAAUUAUGAGUUCCCCGGUGUAUUGA